UUUUCUCUCUCUCUCUCUCUAUCUGCGUGGUUGUUGCUCGCCGCUUCGACCCGCCACUUCAUACAAUCCCAGGAGGUCAUCUUCCUUGGGACGUCUCCGGUCUCCUCCCUGUUUGUUAAUGCCCGCCAUUAUUCCACGAAACCCAAGAAAUCUUUGCGUUUGCUGGUGGUUCUUUCCUUGUUUUUCUCUCCUCCGAAGAGACUACCUUCUUUCUCUUCUUGGCUCUAAAUUUUGAGGAUUCUCUGGACUCCCUUCUCUUUUUGUCCUCAGAUUUUGAAGAUUCUCAGGCUCUCUCUGCCUAUAGAGUUUAGAAGCAACCAUCGUGUAAACAAGGAAAGUGAAGGAAGCAAGAACGGAUGGCGGCAGCUUAAAAGUGGAAACUCAGGCAAUGUUGGUGUCUGACUGAGCUGCACUUGUGAGAGAGAGGGAGGAAGAUGGAGGACGACGAAGGGGAGAACUACCUGUUCAAGAUAGUGAUCAUAGGGGAUUCGGCGGUGGGGAAGUCGAACCUACUGUCGAGGUUCGCGAGGAACGAGUUUAAUCAGAAUUCGAAGGCGACCAUCGGGGUGGAGUUCCAGACGCAGAGCAUGGAGAUUGAGGGGAGGGAGGUGAAGGCCCAAAUCUGGGACACCGCCGGACAGGAGAGGUUCAGGGCCGUCACCUCCGCCUACUACAGGGGUGCCGUCGGUGCUCUCAUCGUUUACGACAUCACCCGCCGGAGCACCUUCGAGAACAUCGAUAGGUGGCUCGAGGAGCUGAAGACUCAUUCAGAUGUCACCAUGGCAAAAUUGUUGGUCGGCAACAAGUGUGAUCAGGAGAGCUUAAGGGAUGUCAGCGUGGAAGAAGCAAAGGAGUUUGCCGAGAAAGAAGGGUUGUUCUUCAUGGAGACCUCCGCAUUGGACUCCACAAAUGUCAAAGCAGCUUUUGAGGUUGUGAUAAAGGAAAUCUACAAUGGUGUGAGCAGAAAGGUCCUGAAUUCUGAAGUAUACAAGAAAGAACUGUCAAUGAACAGGGUGAAUCUUGUUGAUAGCCAGAAGGACGUGUAUGAGGAGAAAAACUUCAAGUCUUCCUGCUGCUAAGGCUCUUUCCCUUUCUCCUUGUAAUAUUUGUUCCUUGAACCUUACUUUGUGGGAUUGUCAGUUGCCUGUGUCUCAGUCAUUCUCCUAUAAGAGAUUGUUGGUUGGGGUUAGAAUUUUGGGGUGAUAGUCAGUGUUCCUUUCCAUUCCCCAUGGAUGGGGAAACUUGGCUCUGCUAUAAUGUCUACAGAAAGAGGUCGGUGUUUCAUUGCCUUUCUUAUGAAAAGGCUCUUGAAUAUGUCAUGGUGACUGCAAAAAGAAUUACUCCACCCUUUCUUGGACCAUUUUGUAUUAUCUUGAGUGACAUUUACAAUGAAAAAGUGAAUUACUUCUGUUAA